AUGAGCAGUCUCUUUCGCCUUCUCAAAAUGCAAUACAGUGCGCCCACAGACCCACGCGGUAUCUCCUUCGCCGGCAAAACAGUGGUCCUGACCGGCGCCACCUCCGGGCUGGGCUACGAGGCCGCCAUCAAAUUCCUCAACCUGGGGGUAGACUCGCUAAUUAUCGGAAGCCGCAGCCUGGACCGGGGCAACCGAGUCAAAACAGAGCUGGAAACACGCACCGACCGACCGGGGGCCGUUCAGGUUUGGGAGCUUGAGAUGAGCAGCUUCCAAAGCGUCAAGAGCUUCGCGGGCCGCGUCAACACCGAGCUGCCGCGGCUGGAUGUGGCCCUUCUGAACGCGGGCUUGUGGAAUAGGAACUACGUCACGUCGGGCGAGGAGUGGGAAGAGACGGUGCAGGUUAAUACCCUGUCCACCUCGCUGCUCGCGUUGCUUCUUUUGCCGAAGCUCCGGGAGAGCUCUACCGCCUCGGAGCCAACCCAUCUCAGCCUUGUGUCGAGCCAGCAGUUUGUCCGGGUCAAGGCUGAGAGUCUGCGGACGGACGGGUCAUUGCUGGAGUAUGUGAACGACGCGAGCCAUUUCAAGGGCCCUAAGCAGUAUGGCGUUUCGAAGCUGCUAUUGGAGUAUGUGGUGAAGAAGAUUGCCAGCAUUGUCCGACGGGACGACGGUACGCUGCCCGUUAUUGUCAAUUCCGUCAGCCCUGGGUUCUGCGUGUCGGCGCUGGGGCGGCAGUAUAACCGGUUCUACGAACGAUGGCUCGUGUGGCUUGUGUAUAAGCUCUUUGCUCGGACGACCGAGCAGGGCAGCCGGUCCUUGGUCAGUGCUACGGUCCAGGGUGUGGAAUCGCAGGGGAAAUGCUGGCGGAGUGAUGGGUAUCUCGACGAAUCUACGGCCUUGACGACUGGAUCGGAAGGCAAGCAGUUCCAGGACAAGGCUUGGACGGAGAUUAUGGAGGUGUUGGAGACACAGGCGCCGGAGGUUCGAAGUAUCGUGCAGUUGUAG